AUGCGCUGGUCGGAGACUUGGGGCAAGGACGACAUCUAUGGAAGGUGGGGGACGAGGAGCGAGGAGCGAGUCGACGGGUCCUCAUGGACGGAGCACUGGGGGGCGAACUUUGAAGGAGACCUCUGGUGCGAGAAGUGGGGGGUGAACAAGCUGGGACUGGGUGUGAGUGAAGAGUGGGGCUGGAAGUGUGGACAGAAGAAUGUCCGGAUAGGACAAGAGAUGGAUGGAGUGAAGAACGAGGAGGAAGGCAAGGUGGAGACUUGGACAGAGACCUGGUGCAAGACGUUUGAGGCAGACGGAAGAUUGGCAAGGACGCACGCGGAGAAACACGGGGACAACGGCUUCGGGGACAAGUGA